GCGGUUUCCGUAUUGGGUUCUUUUCGGUUCAUCUUUCGUCCCGAGUUAACCAGCGGGGUGUUCACGCUUUGUCUCCUGUGUCAGCCCAGCCCUCCCGAGACCCGCACCAUGGUGGUCAAGUGCUUCUUCGAUAUCGCCAUCAACGACGUGUCAGCAGGCCGCAUUGUCAUGACGCUGAGAGAUGAUGUUGUACCGAAAACAGUUGAAAACUUCCGUCUUCUGUGUACUGGAGAGAAAGGAUUUGGAUACAAGAACUCCAGCUUCCACAGAGUGAUCCCUGAAUUCAUGUGCCAGGGGGGUGACUUCACCAAUCACAAUGGAACUGGAGGAAAAUCAAUCUAUGGCAACAAGUUCAGCGAUGAGAACUUUACCUUGAAACACACAGGACCCGGUAUCAUGUCCAUGGCUAAUGCUGGCCCAAACACAAACGGUUCCCAGUUCUUCAUCUGCAUUGCAAAGACCAGCUGGCUGGAUGGUAAACAUGUUGUGUUUGGACAAGUUACUGAAGGCAUGGAUGUUGUGUACGCAAUGGAAAAGUGUGGCACUCAGAGUGGAAAACCAAACAAAAAAAUCACCAUUACCAAUUCUGGCGAGCUCUAAGAGCACAGCCAGCUUUCUUUAGCGUAUCUUCCUCUGGUCUUAACACCACAAGCAUUCCAUUUCUGUUAGCUGGUGGCUUCAGUCCCCCAGGUCCAGUACUGAAAUUGUGCUAUUUGAACUGCUGCAUUUUCUGUGGUGCUUAACCACCCCCUGCCCUGUCUCCUCUGGGGUUGUUUUUGUUGUUUUUUAUUUUGUUUUUGGGUCCCAUUCUAUCCCAUUCACCCUACAAAUUCUGUGGUCAACAGAAUGGCAUCUAACAAGACAAAUUAAAUGAAAUCACAUUAAAAUGUC